AGCAAAUAUAAUCUGAUUUUAUCAACCAGCUUUUACUGGUUCUGAUUUUGAAUAUGCUUCUUAAAAUUACAUUGAUAUUUUCAGUCAUCUACAAUUCAAAUUCCAUCUCAGGAAAGACUAAAAAUGUCGGCAGAUAUACCUUGGAAUUAUUCGAAUCCGAGGGUUCCUUCUCUUUUGCAAAGAGUGAUUGCAAAAAUAGAAAUGCAUGGCUCGUGGAAAUCAAAAAUGAAAAUAUCAAUAACGCUGUAAGAGAAUUAGCAGGAUCGUCUUCAUGCUGGAUUGGAUUGUCAUAUGAGAAUGGUCAUUUAAGAUGGAAUGAUGGAGAACCUGUACAAUAUGAAAUCUGGUCAAGUAUUGAAGAUCGUACAAGCCAAUGUUUCUCUAGUCGAAAUGCAAAAUUGAGUGGAUCAUCUAGUUGUAUAACAAAAAGAAAAUACGUUUGUCAAAGCGAUUCUGUUUCAACCGUCCAAUAUAAUUUUCAUUACGAAGAUAGCUCUAAGCGCACGUAUGAAGAAGCAAAAAUUGAAUGCAAGAAUUUGGAUGCUACAGCGCACCUAGCCUAUAUAAAGACCGAUGAUAUUGCAACGACGAUUAGAAAUAGUCUCGAAAGUAAAAGUGGAAAAUUCUUCGUCGGUGGAAGUGACCAAGAAAAUGAAGGUGUUUGGAAAUGGGAUGAUGGUACUGUGAUAAAAGAUAGGGGAAAAGGAAAUUGGAAGACAUAUUGGGGGAGUAGCGAACCAAAUGGAAAAACAGGGGAAAAUUGCGUUACUAUAGAUACUGCCGGAAAUUGGUUUGAUGUUCCAUGUGGAAAUGAUCAUUACUACAUUUGCCAAACAGAAAUAGUUGAAUGCCCCAAUGACAACAAUUUCUGUUCUGAUGGAGGGACAUGCUCCGUCACAAACGCGGGUGUUGAAUGCUUUUGCCCAGCCGGCAAAAUUGGCAGAAGAUGCGAAAAUGAUCUUUGUAUACCGGACCCGUGCAAAGGGAAUGGCAUUUGUAAUGAUCAAACAUCAUUUCCCUUUUACGAAUGUAACUGCUACCCUCCGUACGAAGGACAGUUCUGCCAAGAAUUGAAGUACAACACAUUUGGAAAUUGUCAAUACCACAUCAAAAAGAAUCCCCCUAUAAAUUACCAAAAUGCCAAAACCGCAUGCAAGAAUAACGGGGAUGAACUAGCAAUGAUUAAAACGGAUAUUCUUCACAACUGGUUGGAAAGAGAAGCAAAGAAUAUGUAUACAAGCUCUGGAUUCGGACAAACACUAUCGUUUUGGAUUGGUGGCAAUAAAGAGAGUGACUGGAAAUGGUCUGACGGAACUCGUAUACCAUUGUCAGGCGAGACGGGCAGUCAUUGGCGAUUUGGAAGACCAGGCAAGGAUUCUUGUUUGAAGAUGUCUGAAACUGAUAUUUCAUCGUCAUUUUAUUGGGAGGAUGAAUCAUGUACUAGUGGAGCUGGUUACAUAUGUGAAAGACAAACUCCUGGCAAAGGUCAGCCAUGUGAUAUUACCACUUGUGACAACGGAGGAACAUGCAAAAAUUUCGGUUGCCAAGCUCAAUGUGUAUGCAUUGCUGGAUACGGCGGUGAUAGGUGUGAAAAAGAUCUAAUAAAAAUCUCGGUCGACAAAAAUAAACUGACAUUGAAUGAAGGCGAAUCUGAGAUCGUCACGCUUACAAUAACAUCAGAAAUCAAAGUUAAAAUUAUGAUGUAUAAAGAUGGAAGCUAUAUAUUUCAACAAUCAAACGUAGAAAGAUCAUUCGAAUUCAGUAUAACUGGAAAAAGCGGAACAACAAAAGAAACUUUAUAUAGCUUUAAUGCUCGGCCAAUGCAGGGGGAAACUUUUGAAAGAAGGGUAACAGUAACAGUCGAAGUUAUUUCUCCUGCACGCAUUACCGAAUUGAGUAGAGAAUCAAUACUUGUUCCACAAAAUGGUGAUUGGUACAUUCGUUGUGGAGCAACGGGAGUUCCGAAACCUACAAUACUAUGGUACAAAGAUAAUGUAGAAAUAAGGAGAACUGGAUACGAAGUGAGACAAGAUGUAAGGACUUCUUAUUCGGAUCUGCAAGUCCGCACAAAUGCACUCGAGUCUCAUGCAGGUAUAUACACAUGUAGAGCUUCCAAUAAACCACCAAAUUCGAAAGAAGUUAUUGUUGAGCGUUCUGCGUAUUUGAGAGUGAAAAUUCAUGAGUCAAACUCUUCUCCAACUGACAAAGAUGUGAGCUUCAGCGAAAAAAUGGAAUUCUCCUGCACUUUUGAUGGAUUCCCAUUGCCUGAAGUACGGUGGUCUUUUGUUCGUGGUAAAUACGAAACAAACAUUCAAGAAACGGAAGGAUCAAUAUAUCAAAUUGCAAAAAGUGUUUCAGGACUUGGGCCAGUAAAAACAGUUACAAGCAAAUUGAUGGUGACUGCCGCUGGCUGCAUGGGACAGGUGGAUGUUAAAUGUUCCGCUAACAACAGUUUCGAGAACCCCACAGACAACGUUAUAUCAUUUGCUGUUAAUAAAAGUGAGUUUGUGAACCAUAAACGAUAG